UUUGAUGAGAGAGAGAGAGGGAAGGUGGGGGGGAGAGAGAGAGAGUGACCUGGAAUAAUGGAUUUGAAAGCCACUCUCACACACAGCAACCCUUGAGCGUUUUGAACAUCAAACACGCAGCUUCAGGGUGUUUUUGAAAAAAAAUAAAGGAAAAUAGUACUGUCGAGAAGAUCCGUUUUGUCGAUUCGGGCCUUUUGAACCCGAAAUAUCGCUGCAUUAGGGUUCGGAUUCUCCGAUCCGCCGAGCCGACCUUAUCUCUCAGAUCCUUGGAAGCCGCUCUGCCGAUGGUGUUUUGAUGAUCGUGUAUGCGUUGUAGUUUGUGAUGGAUGUGGAUGAUCUUUUACCUGUUAAUGGGCUUGAGGAGGGCCAUCAAAAUGGAAUUCAUGAGCAAGUUUCUGCUGCUGGAGGGGAAGGUGUUAUUCCAGAGAAAGUGAAUGGUAAUCUUGAUCUUAGCACAGAGAGUGCAGGGAUGAAUGGAAAUGCAGAAAAUGUUGGCAUGUGGGAUGAUAAUGGAAUCAUUAACGCUUCUACUGCAGAAGUUGGAGAGGGAUCACAUAUCCGUGCAAGAGUCAAUGGAUUGACCAUUUCUGAGGAUUUGGAAGUGGAAGAUGCUGAUCCAUCAAAGCAUUCCAAACCACAGAAAGGUCAAGGGAAGAGCAGUAAAGAGAAACCUUUGAGCCCCAAACAUGCAGGGACUACUUGGGUGAAGAAGAAAGAUGGGAAAGAUGAAAUUGUGACUUCUGCUAGUACCAAUGGUUCUCUUGCCUCUAUUUCACGCCCAAAACAAACUCUCAAAAGUAGAUCGUUCAGUGAUAAGCAGGACCAUCUAUCCAAGCAAUCUAAAAACUCUGAGGCAGCAUCUUCUACCUCAAAUAUGAUACAGCCUGAAGGCCGUGCGGAAAAGACAAGACUGAAGCCUGUGAAACUGGGAGCCCCUACUGUGUCUGAUGCGAACACAAAAUCUCCGAGUCCCACAGAAGAUACAAAACCUCGUAGAGUUGCUGCACUUCCAUCCUACAAUUUCAGCUUUAGGUGUGAUGAACGAGCUGAGAAAAGAAGAGAGUUCUAUACUAAACUUGAGGAAAAGACUCAUGCAAAGGAAAUAGAGCGGACUAACUUGCAAGCUAAGUCCAAGGAAACUCAAGAAGCUGAGAUUAAGAUGCUUAGGAAGAGUUUGACCUUUAAAGCAACGCCCAUGCCAAGCUUCUAUCAGGAACCCCCACCUCCUAAAGUGGAAUUAAAGAAGAUACCACCAACAAGAGCCAAAUCUCCCAAGCUUGGUCGAAAGAAGAGUUCUCCUGCACCAGAAUCUGAGGGAAGCAGUAGCCAUCGAUCAGGCCGGUUAAGUCUGGAUGAGAAAGGGUCCCAGAACAACCCUGCCAAAGGAAUUUCCCCUGGCCAUCCUAAGAAACCGCUGCGGAAGUCCCUUCCCAAACUGCCUUCUGAAAGGACCAACUUAUCCAAAUCAACAAAUGAAGCUGCAUUUCUCAGCCAAGAGCAGGAGCCGGUUCAAGUUCCUGAUCCUAGCAAAUCUCUGCCUGAUGCAGAUGACACGUCAGAGGUUGAAGAGCAAGCUCAGCAGACCAUGUUUCAGGAACCCAGUGCAUUGGAGUGUUAGGCACAGCAGCUUUUGAAUUGGAUGCGCAUUUACAGAGCCCUUGACUCCAUUUCGCCUAAAAUAAGAGAGGUAUAAAUAAGAUUUAAAUCAUCUAUUGAUGAAGGCGUGAAGGAUUAUGCAUCAUUAUGGGUUGUAACGUCGUCUUGUCCAUAGUCAGCAGCAAGGUUUGGUUGUUUCGUGUGCUUUCUUUCAAGAUUGCUGGUCUGGUUGUUGGAACUCUGCAUUCCUGCUUGCUGCUCUGUAUGUUGCUUAUGUCAAGUUGUUGUCCUAAAUUAUGUUGUUUCAGUAUGCUUUAGUUGGUUGGUUAUUGAACGAGUUUGGGAAAAUUUUGGGAAAAAUGUGGCCUUAGAUAGUUCUUAAUUCAAAGUAUUGCCUGUUACUCUGAUGAAAAAUUCAGGUAUUGUUAUUUUAAGUGGUGUUGUUAAUUUUAGUA